AUGUCCCGACCACAGGCAGUGUCAAAUAUGGUGCCAGACUACGAAGUUCGGCUCCUGCUUAAUCCAACUGCAGUCCUCAGUGCCGAACACGAUUUAGUGGCUACCGUCCUAUCAGCCUUCGAGAUGCCCCUGAUUUCAACAAAGAUGAAUAUCCAAUUCCUCGACAACAGCCUCAAGGAACUCUAUGCCGCCAACUGGAGCGCCCGCAUCCGAAAGGUGGAAAACGAGGAUAACCUCGAGCUGACGUAUAAGAAGCGGUAUGCCAUCAUUGGUGGGCACGUUGAAGCUGCUCUCACUGCGGCUAAUAACGAUGACUUCAACGCCGGCGACGCAAAAUACGAGGCGCAAGUCGAGUGGGGUUACCAGAAGCAGACGCUUUCUGUUAGUCGCAAGAAAAUGGUAGCUGACCCUGGGAGAACCGGAAUGGACCUACCGGGAACAAGCAACUCGCGUCAAUUGCUGAUAGAUAAUGCACCGAACAAGUUCGACAACUGGAGACCUAACAAAUGGGGUACCAGCACGUUAUCUGUAUCGCGCAUAUUUGGCCCAGUCUUUGCCAGGCGUUCUGUUGGCUUGUGGAAUGAUAUGACUCUAUACCUAGAGAUUUGGCCCCUCUUGAACGUCGAGGGUACGGGGGUUGAGUACACCGUCGAGGCUUCUUUCAAGACAAAGAGCCACAAGAAAGCCUCAUGUGAGCAGGCAAACCUAGCCACUUACUUGCAGAGCAAGGGUUGGCUUCUUGCACAGGACUCACUAAAGACGCAGCUUAUAAUGGAGCGCUACUGA